AUGAGUGGCCGAGAGGGAGCCGGCCCUGGAGCUGCAGCCCCAGCAGAAGAGAGAAGCUGCUCCUGGCUGAACCCCUGGGGCUUCCUCGUCGCUGCCCUCGCCAUCAAAACUGCCUUUGUAACCAUCUGCCUUGUUGUUUUCCUUCGUGGGAGCCAGGGCCCAUCCCAGACCCUGCUGUGGAACGGCACCGAGUGGAGCUGCGUGCCCAGCGGCGCGGCGGGCAGGGAGGAGGGCUGGAUGUGCUGCCCCAAGGGCUGGAGGUGCUUCCAAGACAAGUGCUAUUAUCUGCCCCCCGACACCAUGUCCUGGGGUGACAGCGAGAAGAACUGCACCGGGAUGGGCUCCCACCUGGUGGUGGUCAACAGCAAAGCAGAGCAGGAGUUCCUCUUCACCCUGGGAAGAGAGGCAGCUACCGAUGCCUAUGAAACCAAGUACUACCUCGGGCUGGCCGCCGACGAGCGCGGGCGCUGGCGCUGGGUGGACCGCAGCCCCUACGUGGCGGCAGAGGCGUUCUGGAAGCCCGGGGAACCCAAUUUACUCUUUGCAGAAAAAUGUGCUGCCAUUCACAUCAAGGGCCACACAGACUCCAACACUUACUACAACUGGAAUAACAUCCUUUGCUUCACCAGUUGCUAUCGAAUUUGUGAACUGGGAGCCAAAUUUGUCUAA